AUGCCGUCAAUGUCACUUGUAACCACCAUCCUCCUUUCCUUCCUCUCACUCACCCAGGGUACUGCCAUCCUCAACGCUAGACAGUCUUUCACGCCACCUGCAGAAUGCGAUGUGAUACCAACAUGGGAGGUGACUUCCUUUAAUUGGUUCAACUCGAGCAACAACCUGGACUGUGUCACCGAGUCGAAUGCCCCCCCGGAAGGCGUCUGCUUCAACUCCACCUCCUCAGGCCUGGUACCAUGCGACGGCAACCUCGGCCCUUGCGACCGCUGUGGCAUUGGGGCGUGCUACACCGGACUCCCGCUGCAGCCUGCGGGCUUCGGACCCCCUGACACCAUCGCCAUCACCACGUCCGUCUCCGGGUAUGAGUCGUGCUUCGAGUCCAACCCGCAGAGCAUCCGGCGCUACGAGGUCGGCGACGGCACCUUGUUCUGCGGCGGCGUCGCAUACCGCAUCAACUUCGUGGGCGACAGCAACACCGACGUCAGCACCGGCCACAUCGACUUCAGCCCGAUCCAGUCGUGGAACUGCAACAAUGGCAGCACCAUCCGGGCGAGUGGCAGCGUAGACUUUGAAAUUGACUGCUCUCGUGACGCAGGGAACAAUGCCACCUGCGUGAUCCCGGGCGAUCAAAGCAUUGUGAUACCAAUUUUGUCGUAUACGAUCACUUAG